AUAUGUUUAGUGGCUGUAAUUCUUGGGAGAAUUGUAAUUUUCCACAGGAAGACAGUAGUUUUUAUGAUGAUAACGAUUAUCAAAACUAUAAUCAAUGUGAAAGUGAAAAGAAUUGUUACCAACAACAACAGCAACCACAACAGCAAUCGCACCAGCAACAAGUUUUAAAUUAUUAUAACGAUACAAAUAGUAGAUCACCGACAAAUUUUUCUCAAAACUCUUCCCCAACGAAUGAGCAAUGUAUUAACUUAUCUAACCAUUUUUAUGCACAAAGUGCUUCAAUAUCAACAACAACUUUUAAUAAUGGCAAAAACGGUCAGAAUAAUAAUAACUUUGGCAUGCUACGUCAUCAUCCUUAUCAGCGUGAAUCAUAUGCGCAAUAUCAGUGCUCUCCAAAUACAAAAUAUUUUGAGACUUUUCAGAGACAAAUACCAACUGGUGGUGCAGUUAUACAGCAGCCAUUACAAUAUCAGCAACAGCAACAGCAACAGUUGCAAAUUCAACAAUAUCAACAAAUUCAACAAAUUCAACAACAUCAACACAUUCAGCAACAACAAUUUCGGCAGCAUCAAUUUCAGUCACAACAAUCUCAAAGGGAUUUAUUCGCAUCAGAGGUGUAUCCAGAUCAGCAACGUAUUCAAAGUGUAGUUUCUCAACCCUUCUAUAGCUCAUCCUUAAAGGAAUUUGGUAAUAGAAGUGUUGAAAGUAAUACUAACGAUGCAACUUACGUUACACCUUCGGCACCGUGUAAAGGAAAUCAACCGUGGACUUAUGCUUACUGUUAUGGAUAUGCCUAUAAUAAUCAAGAACCAUGCCAAUAUACACAAUUUGUAGAUAUUGAAGACUUUAUGAACAAUGAGAAGCGUAAGGAGAAAUCUCGUGACGCGGCCCGUUUUCGGCGUUCACGUGAAACUGAAAUCUUUAGUGAGUUGGCUCUGGUGUUACCGUUAAAAAAAGAAGAUAUUACUCAAUUGGAUAAGGCUUCUGUUAUGCGUAUUGCAAUUGCAAACUUGAAAAUACGGGGCAUGCUAGACUUAUUUCCCAAAAUUCAACAAUUAACGACUUACAUUAAAUCUGAUACUGACGUUGCAAAAGACUCUACUGAUGCAAUUUGUACAGAAGUAGAAACUGAAACUGAAGACAAUAAUGGCUCCACAUUUGAUUUAUUUAAAUGUGCUGAAGCUACCCAACUAUUGAAGCAAACUCUUGAUGGAUUUCUAAUUAUACUCUCUAACGAUGGUGAUAUCACAUAUGUUUCAGAUAAUAUAACUGAAUAUUUGGGCAUUGCUAAGAUUGAUAUAUUAGGACAACAAAUCUGGGAAUAUAGCCAUCAAUGCGAUCAUGUCGAACUGGAAGAAGCUCUUAAUAUAAAACGUAAUGGAAUUUUAGACAAAAUCAAAGAUGAAAAUUUGUUAGAGGAAGGAUUGUCAACUGAUCAUCGUGAUUUCUUUGUACGUUUGAAAUGCACUCUUACAAGUAGAGGUCGUAGUAUUAAUAUUAAAAGUGCAUCGUAUAAGGUAAUACAUAUAACUGGACAUUUGGUUGUGAAUACUAAAGGUGAACGUGUACUUAUUGCAAUUGGUCGCCCUAUACCACAUCCAUCAAAUAUUGAAAUACCACUUGGAUCAACUACAUUUUUGACCAAACACUCACUUGAUAUGAAAUUUACUUAUGUUGAUGACAAAAUGCUAAAAUUAUUCGGUUACGAAUCUGAAGAUUUACUUGGUAAAUCAAUGUACGGUUGUUACCAUGGUGCCGAUUCUGAUAGUUUGAUGGGAACAUUUAAAACUGUGCUAAGCAAGGGCCAAGGGGAAACAUGCCGUUAUCGUUUUCUUGGCAAACACGGUGGCUACUGUUGGAUUGUAACUCAAGCUACUAUAGUCUACGACAAAUUAAAACCGCAGAGUGUUGUUUGUGUUAAUUAUGUCAUUAGGUAA